GUUAUUACUAUGUAAAUUCUUCUUCCAAUCAAAUUGAUUGAAUAUGUCGCUCCUUUUCUCCCCCAGAUAACUAGUUACUUAUUACUAUGUGGGUAAAAUUAUUGUGUGUGAAUUUACCCUUAAACAAAAAAAAAGGUCUACGGCCAAAGGAAGAAAAUCGCGGUAAGAUAAUGGUGUACGUGGAACAAGACAAGCCCAGUAGCAAGCACAACAAAGUACCACACGUUAACUCCCAGACUCAAUUGUACAAAAAUCGUACAAAUAUGAAAUGAAAAGUGAAAGCAGUUGCUAAAUGCUUACUUUUGAAAUUCAAAUUCGUAUCUCCACUUCAAUUCUCAUCAUGUUUAUUGCCAAAGCAUUGAGAGCUACGGCAUUUGGGAUUUAUGGCUAUAUGAAUUUCACAAAGUCUGGUUUUGCGGAACACGCGAAAAAGUUUAAGCCAGAGGAUAUGCAAGUUCAAAUGGAAGGGAAGAAUUGCAUUGUCACAGGUGCAAAUUCCGGCAUUGGUUUUGCAACUGCUGAAGGCCUCGCUUCACGUGGAGCGACUGUCUACAUGUUAUGCCGUAAUAAGGAGAGGGGAGAGGCUGCUCUUACCCAAAUUCACUCAAUCACUGGAAACAAAAAUGUUUACUUGGAGGUCUGUGACAUUUCAUCAGUCAGUGAUGUCAAAUCCUUCGCUUCUAGAUUUUGUUCAAAAGAUGUGCCGGUCCAUGUCCUGGUGAAUAAUGCUGGCCUGCUUGAAACAAAUUGUGUCAUCACUCCAGAAGGAUAUGAGCUGAGUUUUGCUACCAAUGUUCUUGGCACUUACACCUUGACAGAGUUGAUGCUACCUCUCCUUGAGAAGGCGGCACCUGAUGCUCGUGUUAUCACAGUUGCCUCUGGGGGGAUGUACACAGCUCCACUGACAACCGAUUUACAGUUUAGUGGUAACAAGUUUGAUGGGGUGGAACAGUAUGCUCGGAACAAGAGAGUUCAGGUUGCAUUGACAGAAAAAUGGGCUGAAAUGUACAAGGAUAAAGGUGUAGGUUUCUACUCCAUGCAUCCAGGGUGGGCCGAAACGCCUGGAGUAUCCAAGAGUUUGCCGGAUUUUUCAAAAUCGUUUGAAGGAAAACUUAGAAGUAGUGAGGAAGGUGCAGAUACAGUAAUCUGGUUGGCUUUACAACCAAAAGAGAAGUUGGUUUCUGGACAAUUUUAUUUUGAUAGAGCUGAAGCACCUAAACAUCUGCCACUCACAGGCACCAACAACUCCCAUUCCACUAUAGACUCCAUAAUCGAGAAACUUAGAUCUUUUGCCGACUUAUGAUUAUACAUAUUUCCCCAGUGAAUCCUAAUUCAUAAUCCAGAAAUUAUUUAUAGUUUAUAGAACAGGAUUGUGAUCUCCUCAAACAUAGAAUCAUUUAUCUUUUCUUCUUUUGAUUGUGUAGGAUGAGCAUUUCUUGUGAUUUAUAUUUUAACAUUUGGGAGUUUAUGUUAACAAUGUUGUGAGGUAAA